AUGGACUGGGAGCUGAUGAUAAAACUGGUUCUGGGUCUGGGUGAAGAGUGGAGAGGAGGUGAUGUUGCUCGGACUGUCGGUGGAGGUCAGAAGGUUCGAUGGCUGAAGACAGAACUGGAGAAACACAAAGACAAGCAGAACACUGUGAUCAUGUUUGUGGACAGUUAUGAUGUGAUUUUAGCCAGUGGUCCAGUGGAGCUGCUCAGGAAGUUUUCUCGUUUCUCUCAUCGUGUGGUUUUGGUUUCUGAGGGUUUCUGCUGGCCGGACCAGAGACUCGCGUCCAAAUACCCCGCAGUGCAUCAUGGGAAACGCUACCUCAACUCUGGAGGGUUCAUUGGCUUCGCUCCUGAGAUUCAUGCCAUUGUGCAGCAGUGGAAAUAUAAAGAUGACGAUGACGACCAGCUGUUCUACACCCGCAUCUACCUCGACAAAGAGAAGAGGAGGAAGUUCAACAUGACUCUGGACCACAGAUCCCAGAUAUUUCAGAAUCUGAAUGGAGCCAUAGAGGAGGUGGUGCUGAAGUUUGAGAAGUCCAGAGUUAGAGCUCGAAACGUGGCCUAUGACACACUUCCUGUGGUCAUCCAUGGAAACGGGCCAACCAAGCUCCAGCUGAAUUACCUGGGUAACUAUGUGCCGACGGCGUGGACGUAUGAAAAUGGCUGUGGAAUCUGUGAGGAUGAUUUGCUGGAUCUCAGUCAUCUGUCUGAUGAGGAGAUGCCGCUGGUGCAUGUGGCCGUGUUCAUCGAGCAGCCGAUGCCGUUUCUGGAGGAAUUCCUGGAGAGACUUGCUACGCUGAACUACCCACACACACGCAUACGACUCUUCCUGCACAAUAACGUUGUGUAUCACGAGCAGCAUGUGGAGCGGUUCUGGACUCGUCAUCGCUCACUUUUCAUUGGUGCAAGAAUAGUCGGGCCAGAGGAAAACCUUAAACAUGACCAGGCCAGGACCAUGGCAGUGGAGGCGUGUAAAAAGGACGUCUCCUGCGAUUAUUUCUUCAGCCUUGACGCUGAUGUUGCUCUGACGAAUCCUGAUGUUUUGCGAAUUCUUAUUGAAGAGAAUAAGAGUGUGAUCGCACCCAUGCUGUCCCGACACGGGAAACUCUGGUCAAACUUCUGGGGCGCAUUGAGUCCGGAGGGUUUCUACUCUCGCGCAGAGGACUACAUCGACAUCGUCCAGAGCAAGAGAGUGGGUUUGUGGAACGUUCCCUACAUCACUCAGGUGUAUCUGAUCCGUGGAGAGACUCUGCGCUCGCGUCUGGCUGCCGUUUCACUCUACCAGCAGGAGGGAAUGGAUCCAGACAUGUCCUUCUGCAAGAGCGUCCGCGAGCAGGGCAUCUUCAUGUUCGUGUCUAAUAGAGAUGAGUUUGGUCGUUUGGUCUCGUCCGCAAACUACAACAUCAGUCGUCUUCAUCCAGACAUGUGGCAGAUAUUCGACAACCCUCAGGACUGGAGAGAGAAGUACAUUCAUGAGAAUUACUCCAGGAUAUUUGAAGAUGAUGAGAGUGUUGUGGAGCAGCCAUGUCCAGAUGUGUACUGGUUUCCAGCCUUCUCUGAUCGAAUGUGUGAUGAACUCGUUGAGACCAUGGAGGAAUUCGGCCAGUGGUCUGGAGGAGGACACAAGGAUGAACGGUUGUCUGGAGGUUAUGAGAACGUUCCUACAGUGGACAUCCACAUGAAUCAGAUCCAGUUUGAGAAAGAGUGGCUGAAGUUCCUCAAAGAGUACAUCGUUCCUGUCACUGAGAAACUCUACCCAGGCUACUAUCCCAAGGCUCAGGCUGUGAUGAAUUUUGUGGUUCGUUAUCGUCCUGACGAGCAGCCGUCGCUCCGCCCCCAUCACGACUCCUCCACCUUCACCAUCAACAUCGCCCUCAACAGCAAAGGCGUCGACUAUGAGGGUGGAGGUUGUCGAUUCCUCCGCUACAACUGUAACGUGGAGUCCCCCAGGAAAGGCUGGUCCUUCAUGCACCCAGGCCGAUUAACACACUACCACGAGGGGCUUCCCACCACACGGGGGACGCGCUACAUCAUGGUGUCCUUCGUAGACCCCUGAAACUGACCUGUCUGUCUGUCUGUCUGUCUGUCUGUCAGUGUGUGUGUGUAUCUGUGUGUGACUGUGUGUGUGUUUCUCUGUAAAUUAUGGAUGGUGUCAGACGUGAGCCGACUGUUCCAGGCGUCCCGUGCGCUUCACUCCUCCCUCUAUCAGAUUUGACUUGAUUUUAUAGAAUAAUCAGAUAUUUUUAAAGAGCAUUAGUCUGAGAGAUUUUGUACUCCAGCUUUGUACAAACUGCUUUAAAUUAUUUGCUUCCUUUUGAAAUUAAAUAUUGGAGACAGAA